GCGUGCGUUCAAAAUUCUGUUUUGUUUACGUAAAAAAGUUGAAAAUCGCCGGAUGUUUGAAAAUUUUUAUUCCACCGUUAACUAGUUUUACGCCCAACUUAUUCUGCAAAUCAUGUUCUUACGAAUUAUCUUCCGUCGGCUGCAUCGUUCCGCCAGCUUAUCGUCGAAACCUCCGGAAAAAUCCGCCGCCCUUGGCGAGGAAAAGGUUCGCGAUUUGCUGGACAAUGCCGCCACGUUCGAGGACGCGAAACCACGCUCCGAACAGGACACCUGGGCCACACUGCCCUACGUGGAUGGCACGUUCAUGGGCCGGGACCAGUCACUGAAAUCGUCGCGACCCCGGAUCGAUCCCCGCGAAACGUCCAUCAUUCUGUUCCCGGGCCAGGGCGCGCAGUACGUCGGAAUGGCCAAGCGGUUGCUGAAAUACCCGGGUGCGCGGGACAUCUUCCAGCUGGCCAACGAGGUGCUAGGGUACGAUCUGUUGAAACUUUGCCUGGACGGGCCCCGGGAGAAGCUGGACCAAACGAGGCACUGCCAGCCGGCGGUCAUGGUGUCGUCGUUGGCCGCGCUGGAACAGCUCAAAGAGGAACGGCCGAACGCCAUCGAAAACUGCUUCGCCACGGCCGGAUUCAGCUUGGGCGAGAUUUCCGCGCUGGUUUUUGCCGGGGCACUUCCGUUCGAUAAAGCGCUCCGGUUGGUGCAGAUUCGGGCCGAGGCGAUGCAACUGGCCAGCGAGCAGCACACAAGCGGAAUGGCCACGGUUCUGUACGGAGCGGACGCCCGCAUCGGCGAGGCCUGCAAGGGUGCCCUGGAUUGGUGCAUUCAGCGGGGCGUGGAAAGUCCCGAGUGUCGAAUAGCGAACUAUCUCUACCCGAGCUGCAAGGUCAUUGCCGGCAGCGAAGACGCCCUUAAGUUCCUCGAAGCGAACGGGAAAAAGUACGGCAUCAAACGGCUGAAGCGGCUCCCGGUCAGCGGGGCCUUCCACACCGAACUGAUGGCGUCGGCCGUGGAACCGUUUGCGAAGGCACUCAAGAAGAUCACCAUCGAAGAUCCGAUCAUCGGCGUUUACUCGAACGUGGACGGCAAGCGGUACCGAAACGCGGGCCACAUUCUGGGCCAGCUGCCGAAGCAGAUUACGCGGCCCGUCAAGUGGGAGCAAACGUUGCACAAUCUGUACGAGCGGAAGGCGGGCGAGAACUUCCCGCGGACGUUCGAGUGUGGGCCCGGGCAAGGCCUGAAGACGAUUCUGAAGCAGGUCAACGGGAAGGCGUGGGACUCGGCGUUCAGCAUAGAGGCGUGAAUAAGAGGUAAACUUUGUGGGAAAUAGAAUUUUUAUAAGGACGAA